AUUAUGAGUUAAUAAAGUUGUUUCUUCAACGAAAUCACCUCAAUUGAAAAGAUUUAGGAAGAAUCCAUUUAUUAGCAAAGGUAUAUUUAUAUGAUUACUUGAGCCAAUCUAAUACACAAUAUUAUGUAAAUCAAUCAGAUAAGUCAAUUAAUUUUUUAUCUAAAGGAGGAAAUUAAUUCUUUUUACCUUUGGAUGUAGAAAUAAACUAAGUUUUUCCAUUGUCUGAAGGUCUCUUGCUAGGUUGGGGUAGGGAUGAAUUUAAUUAUUCUGUCGUAUUAAAUCACCCACUCGCCUCUAUUACAACAUUAGGAACAUAUAAUAGCACAUUAGGUACAAUAGAGCCUUGGAUACAUAUGCAAGAAGAAAUUAUUUAUGCUCAUAAAAUUCUGCCAAUAUUGAUAACUUAUAAUUCUUAAUUGAUGAGACAUUGUGUUUAUAUUUUAAAGGUUGAUGAUAAACAAGAAGUCCAAAAUUAUAAUCUUACUGAGAAAACAGAUUGCCAAGUAUAAAUCACAUCAUAUUCUUAAUUAGAUCAUUAGUGAAUUAUAUUAUGAAGAAAAUAUAAAAGAAGAAAAAGCAAAAUAAUGUGAAAUAAUUAAAAGUAAUGUGGAUGGAGAAUUAUUAAUUUGUCUAUUAUCUGAUCAUACAAUAAGAAUUUUAGAAAUGAAUUUCUUGGAAGAAAACAAAAGCAAAAAUAUAUUCAAUAGUUUAAAAGUAGUUUAAACUAUUCAAAAAGUCAGUUAAAUAUAAGUAUUUAAUAUGAUUGAUUCUAUAUAUGCUGAAACUAUAUCAAUUAAAAAAGAGAAGUUGAAAUAUUAAAAUAAUUAAUUUGAAUAUGUGGCAUAUCAAAUCAUUAAUCACAAUAAUAUUCCAUCUAAUUUAUUAAUUUUACAUACAAACUCUGCUUUUACUUUAUUAAAUGGUAGUAAAAUCCUUUUAAAUUAUCAAAUUAAUGAAUAAAUUAAUGAUAUCUCUUAAUUCAAUUGUGCUCCUAUUAUAACAGAGCCCUUAAUUUAGACAAUCUUACAUUCUUUGAAAAUUGCCUUAGAUACUCAAUAAUACAUUUGUCUAUUUAAAGAUGUCAUCAUUAAUUGCUUAUAGAAUUAGAACCUUAAACUAGAAAUGUCAAAGAAUAACAUAGAUAAUGAAUUCAUGAGGUUUACUUACCUAAUGUUAUGUUACCUAAAGUUAAGCAGCAAUAAAAAAGAUUGCGAAGAUUAAAUCUAAAAAAAGAUUAAGAGUAAUUCUUCCUCAAUGUAGCAAUCUCCCAUCAAAGAACAUUCUAAAUCUUUUUAAUAAUUACUAAAAUCUAAUUAUCACAAAGAAAAUUCAAGUUAUAAUGGCAAUACUUAAAAUUCUCAUUAAUAACAAUAAUCGUAAUAAAGUUUAAGUUUUAUAUAUCACAUGACAAUGGAAAUGUUUAAUGAAAUUUAAGACAAGAUUUUAUAUGUUCUACAUUUAUUGUAUUAAGAAUUAUUGUUAUCAGAUGAAAAGCAAGCUAAUAAAUUAUUGAUUCUUUUAUAUUAUUAUUCCCUAAACAUGGAUAAUGAAGUUGCGAUAAAUUACAGUGAUUAUUACCUCAGAAUAAAUCCAUAAUUAUAAUCAGUGUAUUAAAAUGAUAGUUUUAUAUCUCUUUUGCCGACUAUUAGAUCUUUAACUUUACUUGGGUAACCAUAGUAAUAAAAUAAAUAAAAAAUUCUACCUUAAAAUCCAAUAGACUUGAAUAAAUGGUUGAGCAGUUUAUUAAUGAAUAAUCCAAUAUCAUUUCCAAUAUUAUUUAAGAAAACGAAGUAAUUGUGCAUCAUUAUGCAAUCAAUCUUAAAGAAAUAAUUGAUUCAUAUUUCUUCAAUAUUAUAGAGUGAAGUUUAAGAUUUUUAAGUUUUAUAUUAAGUGCAAAAGACUUAACUAUUUUUUUCAAAAGUAUUAAAUCAAAAAUUACAAAUGAAAUAUAUUUAGCAAAAGAAAAAUAAACUUGAGAUGCUCACAAAAUUAAGAGGGCCUUCAUUAAUGUUAUAUUUAUGUAGUGAAAAACGUUGGAACAGAGAUAUUAUUAAUAAGCUGCCAUUAUAAUUUAAAAUUGUUAUUUUAGAAAUCGUCACUUUAUUAAGAAAUAAUUUUCCCAAUGACUUAAUGGGAUAAAUCACUAAAGAUGCUUAUUUAUUAAUAGAUAGAAUGGACAUUUACUUAAAUUGCAAAUUAUAUAUUCAAAAUCCUGUAGAAUGUGAAUUUAAAAAAUACGUUAAUUCAAUUUUGAGUGGGCAAAUAAAAAGUUUAUAAAAUGAAGAUGAUAAUGAUAUCUAAUAUGAUUAGCAUUUGAUGUAACAAGUUAAGAGACAAUUUGAUUUUACUAGAGAUAUUCGUAUAAAAACAAAAAUGACUGAACAUAUUCCUGAAGAAAGAUUGGAUUAAGAUGCUCCUUCAGUUUUAUUAAAAUUAUUGAACCGAAAAUUAGCUAUGUUUGUUGGAUUAGGAUCCUUGACAUAUGGUACAAGUGAUCAUUUUAUUACUGAUUAAAUUAAGUUUCCAUAAUUAAAUUUAUCAGGAAUCCUAUAAUAAAAUAGCUUGAAAUUAACAAUAGAUUCAACAAGAGAAGAUUAUACACAAAUGACACAAUGGCCAGAAUUUCAUUUAGGAGUAACAUUGUCAUUACAAUUAUCAAAAAAACUUAAAGGGUUAAGUCAAGAAUCUUUAAGAACUUGGAUAUUUUAUUAGAAACCAUAAAAUCCUUCUAACAUUCAUGGAGGAUUUAUGUUAGGAUUAGGAUUAUUAGGAUAUCUAAAUUCGUUUAACUAGAUUGAUUUAUAUUAACUUCUUACAUAAAAUCAUGAAGCAACUAGUGUAGGAGUAUUAUUAGGAAUUGGAGCUUCAAGAAUCGGAACUUGUGAUGAGCCUACUUAAAAAUCAUUAACUGUUCAUAUUCCUAGCUUAAUACCUAGUGUUUAUGAUUUGGAACUUCCUAGUAAUGUUUCUACAAGUGCAUUAUGUUCACUCGGAUUCUUAUUUAUGGCCAGUGGAAAUAGAAAUUUUACUGAAGUUGCUUUAGGUUUAAUAGGUAGAAAACCUCAUAAUGAUAAAGUGAUAGAUAGAGAAGGAUAUUCCCUUGCAGCUGGAAUUGCAUUAGGAUUAAUCAAUUUAGGAAAAGGAAGUGUUUGGAGAAGAGAACUUUAAAUUGUAGAUCGUUUAAUAAGAUUUGUCUAAGGAGGAAAAGUACUCCCUCCUCCUUAGUCUUCUUUGUCUACCAAUUUUAUGUAAAAUGAAAGUGUAAGUAGUUCUAUAAGAGAAGGUAGCAUGGUUAAUGUUCAUGUUACCUGCCCUGCUGCUUUAAUGGCAUUAAGUUUAAUGUUUAUGUAAAUGAAUCAAUAAAAUAUUGUUGAUUAAUUAAACAUUCCAAAUUCAUUUAGUAGUUUGGAGAGCUGCAACCCAAAUCAUAUAAUUUUAAAAUCUUUAACUAGAAACAUUAUCAUGUGGGAUAGUAUACCAACAACUUAAGAAGAUUUACAUUCCUAAAUUCCAGAAUUAAUUUCUUUUUUGUUUGAAUAACCUUUAAAAAAAAUCCAUUAAAAGUUUUAUUUAGUUUAUAAUGUAGAAGUCAUCGAUUUUAUGUCUGUAAGUAUGAUAUACACGGGCAUGAUUUCUGGAGCCUUGUUAGCUAUGGGUAUUAAAUAUGCUGGAACUCAUGAUUAAUAAAUUAAAUAACUUAUGAUUAAAUAAAUAGAGUUCCUAGUUAAAUUAAGAAUAUCUUAAAAUGAAUUUGCCAACGACCCAGAUAAUAAAUGCGCUAUUGAUUAAUACACUUAUUAUACUAACAUAGUUAAUGCUUUAUAAGGAUUAUCUCUUUUGAUGGCAGGUAGCUUUGACUAAGAAGUAUUGACAAUAGCAAAAUCAUUAAUAUAAAAAAUGGAAAAUUCAUAAAUUUGGCAUUUUGGCUUCCAUUAAGGAAUAAAAAUGGCUAUUGGUUUUGUAUUUAUGGGAAAAGGAGGAUAUUCUUUCAAAAAGUCUAAGAAAGCAAUCAGCAUGCUUUUAUUAUCAUUAUAUCCAUAUUACCCAACAAACCCUGGAGAUAAUAAGUAAUAUUUGUAGGCCUUAAGAUGGAGUUAUGUUCUAUCAAUUAGACCUAAAAUCUUUAAAAUUAUUGAUGUAAAGACUCAUAAAACUGUGAAUUUAUAAAUUAAAAAUGAAAUAUUUUCAGACCCUAAUUACUGCCGGUCAAAUUUUUCAUUUACAAACAAGGCCGUAUAAACAAUUUAUGUACAAUCCAAAGUGUUAAGCUAAAAUAAUCAAGAUUUAUUAAAUCCAAAUAAUAUUCUGAAUCAUANUACCUAGUGUUUAUGAUUUGGAACUUCCUAGUAAUGUUUCUACAAGUGCAUUAUGUUCACUCGGAUUCUUAUUUAUGGCCAGUGGAAAUAGAAAUUUUACUGAAGUUGCUUUAGGUUUAAUAGGGAGAAAACCUCAUAAUGAUAAAGUGAUAGAUAGAGAAGGAUAUUCCCUUGCAGCUGGAAUUGCAUUAGGAUUAAUCAAUUUAGGAAAAGGAAGUGUUUGGAGAAGAGAACUUUAAAUUGUAGAUCGUUUAAUAAGAUUUGUCUAAGGAGGAAAAGUACUCCCUCCUCCUUAGUCUUCUUUGUCUACCAAUUUUAUGUAAAAUGAAAGUGUAAGUAGUUCUAUAAGAGAAGGUAGCAUGGUUAAUGUUCAUGUUACCUGCCCUGCUGCUUUAAUGGCAUUAAGUUUAAUGUUUAUGUAAAUGAAUCAAUAAAAUAUUGUUGAUUAAUUAAACAUUCCAAAUUCAUUUAGUAGUUUGGAGAGCUGCAACCCAAAUCAUAUAAUUUUAAAAUCUUUAACUAGAAACAUUAUCAUGUGGGAUACUAUACCAACAACUUAAGAAGAUUUACAUUCCUAAAUUCCAGAAUUAAUUUCUUUUUUGUUUGAAUAACCUUUAAAAAAAAUCCAUUAAAAGUUUUAUUUAGUUUAUAAUGUAGAAGUCAUCGAUUUUAUGUCUGUAAGUAUGAUAUACACUGGCAUGAUUUCUGGAGCCUUGUUAGCUAUGGGUAUUAAAUAUGCUGGAACUCAUGAUUAAUAAAUUAAAUAACUUAUGAUUAAAUAAAUAGAGUUCCUAGUUAAAUUAAGAAUAUCUUAAAAUGAAUUUGCCAACGACCCAGAUAAUAAAUGCGCUAUUGAUUAAUACACUUAUUAUACUAACAUAGUUAAUGCUUUAUAAGGAUUAUCUCUUUUGAUGGCAGGUAGCUUUGACUAAGAAGUAUUGACAAUAGCAAAAUCAUUAAUAUAAAAAAUGGAAAAUUCAUAAAUUUGGCAUUUUGGCUUCCAUUAAGGAAUAAAAAUGGCUAUUGGUUUUGUAUUUAUGGGAAAAGGAGGAUAUUCUUUCAAAAAGUCUAAGAAAGCAAUCAGCAUGCUUUUAUUAUCAUUAUAUCCAUAUUACCCAACAAACCCUGGAGAUAAUAAGUAAUAUUUGUAGGCCUUAAGAUGGAGUUAUGUUCUAUCAAUUAGACCUAAAAUCUUUAAAAUUAUUGAUGUAAAGACUCAUAAAACUGUGAAUUUAUAAAUUAAAAAUGAAAUAUUUUCAGACCCUAAUUACUGCCGGUCAAAUUUUUCAUUUACAAACAAGGCCGUAUAAACAAUUUAUGUACAAUCCAAAGUGUUAAGCUAAAAUAAUCAAGAUUUAUUAAAUCCAAAUAAUAUUCUGAAUCAUAUCGAUACUUUACUAUUGAUUGGUGAUAUGUAAUAAAUUGAUUCAAAACUUGAUGGGCUUUAUGAGUAUAAGUUUAUCAAAAAUUUAAAGGAGAAAUAAUAUUUUUUAAAGCUAUUGCAAUACGAUUAAAGCAAUUUUAUUUAAAUCUUAGCUUCUUUAUUUAAUAGUAACAAAUAUUCACACAUACCAAUACUGGUAUUGUUUUAUAAAUAAUACUAAAAUAAAUUAGUGCUAUCUUAGGAAGUUAUUGAUUAAUUGACUCCUAUAAUUAGUGUUACAAAUCAAGAACUCAAUAAAUACAUCAAUUAAGAUUUAAAAAAUAUGCAUGUCAGUCUAGUUUCUAAAAAAAUCUUCAGCUUUCUAUCUAUUUAUAACUUGCCUUAUCUACACGAUAUUAAAUAAAUCGUUAAAGUUGCUAAACAGAUUCCUUUGUAGAUGUUAGAAUUUUAUUUAUUCAAAUCUUUUGAAGAUGUCCAAUAUGAAAAACUAAAGCAAUUAGCUCAAUCAAUAUUAUUAAAUUUAUGA